CCACCAUCCUCGGAGUGAGUCAGACAAUCGUGGGACAUGUGCAGGAAAGUAUUUGAACUGUAUCUGAACUGAAGCGAAGCAAUGGGGUCAGAGGAGAGAGUUCUGAGAGGGCUGAGGAGUUGACAGAAGCUAUAUGGAGCAACGUGGGAUCGAGGACCGGGGAUAAGUAGAGGGUGUAGGGUUCAAUUUCCCAGCUCUGAAAUGCAACUCAUCCCUAAACCCGUGUCCUCAUUUUGGGGAUAAUAACAGAGCUCCCUCACUGGGUGAAGAAUACAUGAUUCGGAGACCGUGUUAAAGAACUCCGUCUGCAAAGGACCUCACUGAACGGGAACCGAGGUGAAUACCGCACCUCUUGCCUGGCCGAAGCCAGACCCCGCUGCCACCUCUUCGUUUUGCAGUUUGCAGUCACAGAGCUCCCCUCCCCUCACAGGAGGAGAGGUUGGAAGAAUGCAUGUGUGGAGAUGGUAAAUUCCCCGCUUGCCCGGCGGAGGGGGAAGCCAAGGAACGUUCCGGCCCCACGCAAAAUGGAGCCAAGCGGCCGCCUCAUCUAAGAUGGCGGCUUCCCCGCCUCUCAGCUCAAAGUCCUCAGUGUGCAUUGGGCACCUAGAGUUGACAAGCGGGUCCAGAAGUAGCCGAGUCUCGCCCCGCUUUCUCAAGGCCGCGCCCCGCCCCGAUGACGUUCCGCGGGAGCCAGCAGCCCUCUCUCCCCGGCUUCAGCCGCCCGGCCUUCGCUUGCCCGGCCCUCAUAAGAUGGCGGUAGGGUCGCCUCCUUGCGGCAGCGCCGCCACUCUCAAUAUGGUAUCUGUUUACCCCGUACAUCUCCUCCCCCUCUUCGCUUCAACUUCCUCGUUGUUUUGAAUAAACUUUAUUGACUACUUGGAAUUGCCUCCCACCGCUGCCGGGCUUCUCCUGGCGACUUUUUGGGCCAUUUUUCCUCCACAUUGGCUACCGUUUCCUCUCCUUCCUUGUUUUUUUUUUUUUUUUUUUGCAGCGAGCCCCUGCCGGCCCAGCGACGACGACGCUUGUCUGGUCUCCAGGUGCCCGCCGGACUAGGCCCGAGCCACGGUCUCCAGUAGGCCCUAAGGACCGGCCCCGGGGAGGAGCUGUGGAGAAAACUGCCCGGAAGCGUCGCCGGGCUGAGUGACCCAGCGGGUGGUCGCAGGGGCUGACGAGCAAGGUUUGCGGCGAUACUGUGACAAUCCCAGAAGUCGGCGCGCGCGCCGCCGGUGGGGCCGGAACUGCCGCCGAGCCUCCGUGGAGCUAGGCGUCCAACGUCCCGGAGCGAGCCCGGCCGCUGGCGCUUCAGUGGGACUGAGCUCCGCGGGGUGUUGGAACCCCUGUAGCUUUGCGGAUGCGGAGGUCCCUCUAGGACUCGGGACCGUAGACAUUCUUGUCAGGUUGGGGGCGUGAGGAGGCUCCUGUCAGUUUGGGAGCUGUUAAGAGAUUCUCCCGUCGUCCAGGAAGGACAAGAGCUGUUGCCUCCCACUCCUGUGGACACUCAGAACCUGGCUCUCCACAGAACGCUCCAGGGCCAGGCGAAGAUGGCCACAGUGCCGGUGUAUUGCCUUUGCCGGCUGCCUUAUGAUGUGACCCGCUUCAUGAUCGAGUGUGACAUGUGCCAGGACUGGUUUCAUGGCAGUUGUGUUGGUGUUGAAGAGGAGAAGGCUGCUGACAUUGACCUCUAUCACUGCCCGAACUGUGAGGUCUUACAUGGGCCCUCCAUUAUGAAAAAACGUCGUGUGUCUUCAAAAGGGCAUGACACACACAAGGGGAAGCCAGUGAAAACUGGAAGCCCUACAUUCAUUCGAGAGCUCCGCAGUAGGACCUUCGACAGCUCAGAUGAAGUGAUUCUGAAGCCUACUGGAAGUCAAUUGACUGUGGAAUUCCUGGAAGAGAAUAGCUUCAGUGUGCCCAUCCUAGUCUUGAAGAAGGAUGGAUUGGGGAUGACGCUACCCUCACCAUCAUUCACUGUGAGGGACGUGGAACACUAUGUUGGUUCUGACAAAGAGAUUGAUGUGAUUGAUGUGGCCCGCCAGGCUGACUGCAAGAUGAAGCUCGGUGAUUUUGUGAAAUAUUAUUAUAGUGGGAAGAGGGAGAAAGUCCUCAAUGUCAUUAGUCUGGAGUUCUCUGAUACCAGGCUUUCUAACCUUGUGGAGACACCCAAGAUUGUUCGGAAGCUCUCGUGGGUGGAGAACUUGUGGCCGGAGGAGUGUAUCUUUGAGAGGCCCAAUGUGCAGAAGUACUGCCUCAUGAGUGUGCGGGAUAGCUAUACAGACUUUCACAUUGACUUUGGCGGCACCUCCGUCUGGUACCAUGUGCUCAAGGGUGAGAAGAUCUUCUAUCUGAUCCGCCCAACUAAUGCCAACCUGACUCUCUUUGAGUGCUGGAGCAGCUCUUCUAACCAGGAUGAGAUGUUCUUUGGGGACCAGGUGGACAAGUGCUACAAAUGUUCCGUGAAGCAAGGACAGACACUUUUCAUUCCUACAGGAUGGAUCCAUGCUGUGCUGACCCCUGUGGACUGCCUUGCUUUUGGAGGAAACUUCUUACACAGCCUUAACAUCGAAAUGCAGCUCAAAGCUUAUGAAAUUGAAAAGCGGCUGAGCACAGCAGACCUCUUCAAGUUCCCCAACUUUGAGACCAUCUGUUGGUAUGUGGGAAAGCACAUCCUGGACAUCUUUCGCGGUUUACGAGAGAACAGGAGACACCCUGCCUCCUACCUGGUCCAUGGUGGCAAAGCUCUGAACUUGGCCUUUAGAGCCUGGACAAGGAAAGAAGCUCUUCCAGACCAUGAGGAUGAGAUCCCGGACACAGUGCGGACUGUACAGCUCAUUAAAGAUCUGGCUAGGGAGAUACGCCUGGUGGAAUUCAACAUCACUGGUACCUGCUUGAAUGAUUCAGACGAUGACUCGCCAGACGUGGACGUUGGUGGGAAUGAGGGCCCACUGGCCCUAUUGAUGUCUAAUGGCAGUACCAAGAGGGUAAAGAGCUUAUCUAAGACUCGGCGAGCUAAGAUUGCAAGGAAGGAAGACAAAGCUAGGCUAAUGGCUGAACAGGUGAUGGAGGAUGAAUUUGACUUGGAUUCAGAUGAUGAACUACAGAUCGAUGAGAGAUUAGGAAAGGAGAAGACAACCCUGAUAAUAAGACCAAAAUUUCCCCGAAAGCUGCCCCGUGCAAAGCCUUGCUCUGACCCCAACCGAGUUCGUGAACCAGGAGAAGUUGAGUUUGACAUUGAGGAGGACUAUACAACAGAUGAGGACAUGGUAGAAGGGGUCGAAGGCAAGCUUGGGAAUGGGAGUGGAGCCGGUGGAAUUCUUGAUCUACUCAAGGCCAGCAGGCAGGUGGGGGGACCUGACUACGCUGCCCUCACCGAGGCCCCUGCCUCUCCCAGCACUCAGGAGGCCAUCCAGGGCAUGCUGUGCAUGGCCAACCUGCAGUCCUCAUCGUCCUCCCCAGCUACCUCCAGCCUGCAGGCCUGGUGGAACAGGGGGCAGGACCAAAGCAGUACAAGCUCCAGCAGUGGGCUGGGCACAGUGACUAGCAGUCCUGCUUCCCAGCGCACCCCAGGAAAGCGGCCCGUCAAGCGGCCAGCAUAUUGGAAAGCCGAGAGCGAGGAGGAGGAGGAGAACGCCAGUCUGGAUGAACAGGACAGCUUGGGAGCAUGCUUCAAGGAUGCAGAGUAUAUUUACCCUUCCCUGGAGUCUGAUGAUGACGACCCUGCUUUGAAAUCUCGACCCAAGAAAAAGAAGAAUUCAGAUGAUGCUCCAUGGAGUCCUAAAGCCCGUGUGACCCCAACUCUACCAAAGCAGGACCGUCCAGUGCGGGAAGGGACCCGGGUGGCUUCCAUUGAGACAGGUUUGGCUGCAGCAGCUGCAAAGCUGGCCCAGCAGGAGCUACAGAAGGCCCAAAAGAAGAAAUAUAUCAAGAAGAAGCCUUUGUCGAAGGAGGUAGAACAGCCUCGCCCUCAAGAGUCCAAUCCCAGCGUGGCAGCACCAGCCCCAACUCUGGCUACCACACCCCAGCUUCUCACCUCCUCCUCACCCCUGCCUCCUCCUGAGCCUAAGCAAGAGGCCCUCUCAGGAAGCCUUGCUGACCAUGAGUAUACUGCUCGUCCCAAUGCCUUUGGCAUGGCCCAGGCAAACCGCAGCACCACACCCAUGGCCCCUGGGGUCUUUUUGACUCAGCGGCGCCCUUCAGUUGGCUCCCAGAGCAAUCAAGCAGGACAAGGAAAGCGUCCCAAAAAGGGCCUGGCCACAGCAAAGCAGAGACUCGGCCGCAUCCUGAAAAUCCACAGAAAUGGCAAACUACUUCUGUGAGCUCCCUUGUAUCCUGCACCUCACCCCUACACCCCCACUGCCUUCUCCAUUAUCAACUCUCGGGGCACUCCUGGAUCCUGUCUGCCCUGAACAAGGUGCUGAGGCACAUUGUCCUGCUUUCUUGGAACUGACCAAAGGCAGGGACUCCCCAACGGGCCUCUUCACUGACUCCUCCAACCCCCUCCCCACUUCCACUAGAGCAUUUUGCCUUUCUUCUCCAUACCUCUGAGUAACAGGUAAACAGGAAAGGUUUCAAGCUGACUAGAACCCUCUUUUCUGCUGCUCCAACCUAUUUCCCUUUCACCAGCCUUGUUGUUCCAUUAGUCUCGUCUCCACUUGGAGCCACAAGGCAGGAUGAGGAGAGGCAUGAGAAGAGCCUGGGCCCCUAGGUAUUUCCCUGGUCAUGAAGUGGGAGGCCCAGCACACAACACUUCCCACAGCUCCAGAAGCCCGCCCACCUCUACCCAUUCUUCCUUCCCCUUCCUUCCCCAAGCUCAGUGGAUAUUUACCACUGGAGACUUGUUCCUGGGAGAAGGGGCUGGCCUCUGCCCUUUCUUGCCAAAUGGUUUAUGGAAAUAAAGUGGUGGGCCCAGAGUCUCCUUACUGUCCCACCCUGGGCCAUUUCCAGAGGUAGCCUAGAAAGAUCAUGGGCUGACUUCAUGCAUCUUGGGAACAGGAGAGAUUCCUGUCACUUCUCAGGAUGGGGAGAGGAUCGACACCUAAACCUUUGACCAUGACUUUGUAGCUCAUUGGGGGAAGCUACUUUUGGGUGGCUGUAGAUGAAGCCCCCAUCCCAGCCUGAGCUCCAGGGAUUUGCCUGGAUUUUGAGGUCCUGCAGAACAUUAUCCACGUGGCUGUGGCCCAGCAGGUGAAGUAUCAUCUCCUAAAGGCCUGAAAACACAUGUCACUGAAGCAGGUAGCGUGGGGUUCCACGGCCUGCUCUCUUCACCUGUACCACAGAGCACAGUGUGGACCUUCCAGGGAGGAUGUGCCAGGCAGCUCAGCCCUGGGUUCUCCAUCGGGAGCCUCUCUGCUUCUUUCCCCACCUGAUGUCUUGAUCUGAAGACCACAGAACUCACAAACCUCACUCCUGGGCCUCUGCACUCCCAGACGUCAGGUCAAUGCUCAAGCAGAGUGUAGAGGACCACUCCGGAGCCUGGGAGAGGAGGCCCUCAGCUGUAAAGGAGCCGAUCAUCUGAUCCUCCCUUCCCCUCUUCCCUUUGUAGAUGUCUGUUGUCCCAACAGUGUCCACCCUUAUCCCUCCCUUUCCCCCAGCUCCUUCCCCCUUCACCUAUCAUACAUCCCUGGCAACCUGGACUGGAUAGAGAAUGUCCCCCUCCCUCCACUUUGGCAUUGCCCAAUUGGAGUGCAUCCUUACCCUCUACCCUACUCCAACCUCACCCCAGUUUACCCAGUGCUUCUGGGGAACUUAACAGCUAGAAUGCAGGCCACAGGAAAUGUGUGACUUUCCUUGUCUUUGUGUCUCCAGUCCAUCUUUUCUCCACAGCCCACAUCUAUUCUCCUUCCUUAGAAUCAAGGGUCCGUUAGCCCUGUUUGCUUUUUCUAUCUUGGAUACCCCAGGGGCCAAGCAGUCCUCCAUCUAGUCACACCAAAGGCAAAAAGCCUGGCUACCUCCCCCUUAGCACGUGAGGUCCCCACUCCCCUCCUCUGUGUUUCCACCCAGCUUUGCUUUUCUUGGAGAUUUCAAGGCAGCAGAGGGUGGUGAGGGGAGGGAAGGGGGGCAGCCUGUGUCCCCAUGUAGCCACCGCCUGAUGAGGCCCUGACUGCUAUAACCAAGACCAGGACCCCAGCCCUUCUGCCCAUUAACAACCCCCUACCCCAUGAUCUUUCAAAGGCAGCUAAUUGCUAGCAAAUCCUUCUAGUUCCAGGCCUCUUUCCCCUCUGUUUCUUUGUUAGAAGUUUCUGUGGAGCUGAAACCCAACCUCCAUUUGUCGGGGUUUCCAUUUAGUUUAAUUGAACUCUCAGAGCUUCCUGUUUGUUUUGUGUUUCAAAUGAAAAGCAAGUUUACCCUCAGAGUUAUGCUUUUCCAAAGAGGCUAGUGUGCUUUUUCUUUUUUAAUGUUUCAGGUUCUAAGUGAAGUGAGUUGGGGAGGGGUUAGGAGUGGUAGUAACCAAGGUUUAGAACAUGGUGAGUUACCUCUGGUCUCCUAUCCCUAGCACAGAGCUGGGAGUUGGAUAGGGGCAGGGAGAGAGGAUUUCUAUUCACCUUUAAUAUAUUUUUACAAAAAAGCAAACAAUUUAAAAACAAGCCCACUGCUUCUGUACAUGUUUAAAUAUAUUUUUAGAAGUGGGUAGGAUUGUGAAUUUCUGAUGCAGGGCCUUUUUAUAAACAGGUUAGAAUAGCAUCCUACAGACUUCUCUUGGUUCCCCCCCCCCCACCGUUCUUUUCUUAUGUUGUGUUACUAAUGUAAUUUAUAUUUUUUUUUAGGUCCUCCCUUUCCUAUAGAGAUAAAAGUGAUUUAUCUUGGCAA